AUGAGCGACUACGAACAGGACCAGAAGACCGAGAAGCGUGAGGAGAGACAGGAGGACCAUCGCGAGAAGGCGGAAAUGGAAGCCAAAGAAGGCCACAAAGACCACGAUCGGAACCGCACCAAGGAGCUCCAUCGCGAGCGCAUCGAUAAGGAGAACACUGAUUUUGGUCGCAAGUGA